AUGAUUUCAGCUAAGCGGCGUGGUUACUUAGAUCUAGAUAUGGAACAAAAUCACGAUCCUCCAGGUGUUCGGGUAUAUACGUUCGUAGGUAAAGAAAACUUUAUUGUGAACUUUAAUUUGAAUUUGGAUGAUGACGACAAAAAGAAAAGAGUUUAUAACAGUUGGUGGGAAAAAUUUUGUUUGCGAUGUCAUCAAGAAGACUCCACACCAUCUUGGCAACCAUCAUGGUGGUCCAAAUUCUUCCCAUUUCCUUUAUUUUCUACUUACAGACAGACCGCGCAACAAAUAUGCAUCAUAAUGUUCUUUUUACUCACAUGGGGCGUACUAUAUUCAGAGAUCGGAGAAUCAGUAGGUUUACAAGGCGAAUUAUUUAGCAUGUCAGUACUAGUAAUUUCUGCGUACUUAAUAGGUUGGAUAUGGUUAAAAGUCACUACAUUGCCAGCACUUAUAGGCAUGCUUCUAACUGGGAUAGCAUUCCAAAACCUUCAGUUGGUCCAUAUGACGGACUCUUAUAGAAAAUUAAAUCAAGAUCUAAGAAAAAUAGCACUGGUGAUUAUCCUAACACGAGCUGGUCUUGGUCUAAACGCAGGUGUUUUAAGGAAACACUACGCUGCUGUUCUACAACUGGGUCUUUUACCAUGGCUGGUUGAAUGUGUGGCUAUUGCUAUCAGUUCACAUUAUCUCCUAUAUUUACCUUGGAUAUGGGGUUUUCUUCUAGGAUCAAUGAUAGCUUCAGUAUCACCAGCAGUAGUAGUUCCCUGUCUAUUUAGGUUACGUGACGUUGGAUAUGGAGUGGCUAAAGGUAUUCCAACAAUCGUAGUGGCUGCAGCUGCGGUAGACGACUCCAUUAGCGUUGCAAUCUUCGCCAUCAUUCUAAAUGCAAUGUUCUCAACUGGAUCUGCUACUUUCAAUAUUAUCAAGGGUCCACUAUCCAUUGUUGCUGGUGUUGUUCUCGGAUCACUUUGGGGAGCUCUGCUGUCAGUUAUGCCUGAAAGAGGCGACUCCUAUGUAGUACCUUUAAGAUUCUUGGGCCUAUUUCUCGGAGGCCUAUUCUCUCUGUUCAUAUCGAGUAUGAUUGGUUGGAGUGGUGCAGGCCCUCUUGCUAUCGUAUCUUCAGGAUUUGUAGCCGCAUAUUUCUGGGAAAAACAAGGCUGGGUCGUAAACAAAAACCCAGUCAGCAAUGUAUUUAGAAUCCUAUGGAUAUUCUUCGAGCCUAUAUUAUUUGCGUUUACAGGAGCUCAGGUUACGAUUAGCGCUUUAGACCCACAAGUUAUAAAAAUGGCCACAAUAUGCCUUCUUGGCUGCUUAGUUAUUCGUGCUAUUGCAACAUUUUUCGUAAGCUUUGGAUGCGGCCUUAAUAGCAAAGAGAAAAUAUUCAUCGGUCUCACAUGGACAGCCAAAGCUACUGUACAGGCAGCAUUAGGACCAGCUGCUUUAGACUUGGUAAAUAGUGGCCAAACAUCAGGUGUUGCUAAAGCAGACGAAGAAUACUACGCAAAGGCUAUUUUAGCUGUCAGUGUUCUAAGUGUAAUGAUAUCGGCUCCUCUAGGCGCAUUACUUAUUGCUGUAGCUGGGCCCAAACUGCUUUCAAAAGACGACCCUGACGAGACUCCAGAACAAAACACAGAAAAUCAACAAGUUACUCAAAUAUGA